AUGGAUACCGUCCGCAUUGUCCUUGUUGAAAGCGCGCAGGAUCUUGGGCCAGAGCUGGGAGCAGGUCCUCGCCCCACCAUCACGGGGGUCCUGAAACACCUCCGGAUUGAAGUCAAGCUGGGGUCUGCAGUUACUGCCAUUGAUGACUGCGGUGUGACCCUUGCCUCUGGUGAGCGCAUCGAAACAAGGCCAAUCGUCUGGACUGCCGAUAUGCGAGCAACACCCCUCACACAGCAAAUCCGCGGAACCAAGGACCACCUCUCCCGACUUCACGUUGACCAAUAUCUCCGCAUUCCGACCUGUAAGCACUUCUUUGCCACUGGCGACGCCGCUCACGCCAUCGCCGAUACAAAAGGCCACGCCGCCUUGAUGUCCUGUCAGCACGCCAACAUCCUCGGCCGCUUCUCAGGCCAUAAUGCAGCAGCAGCCCUCCUCGGCGAACCAAUGAUAGCGUACUCCCAGCCAGAGUAUGACUGCUGUAUCGACCUUGGAUCCUGGGGCGCCAUGAUUGCAAAUGGCUGGGAUGGGGAGGUUAAGAUCACAGGCCACGUCGCAAAGCAGCCCAAGAAGUAUGUCAAUCAGGAGCUGAUUUAUCCGCCGCAAGAUGCAAAGGAAGCAAUCAAGGCUGCGGAUCCCGCUUGUUCUGACUCAGAUGGCCUUUUCAAACAGUUUCUGGGAGUCUUGGGAUGGACACUGAGUAGUUGGAAGGGUAUGAGGACGGCGGAGCAUUGA